AAGCUUGUGACUUUGUGAGGGUAUAGAAAUUAGCCACCCCUACAAUAAUAAUAUUUGAAUGAUCACACACACUCACCAACACAACACAAGAGAAGCCAAAAUGGGUGACCAUCAUCCGGCUCAUGGUGAGACGGACUCCGCAAAUUCGGCUCCGAUAACCCCGCGGCCGAUGUCCGUGGCCCCGACCCCCCCAAUCGUGUCACUCCCUCCCUCGCAGUUCCACUCGCCCUCCCUCACCCGAUCGCCCCUCCUCACCCCGGGAGGCACCAACCGCAAAACGCCGCGAAUCCGGACGCCACGUUUCAUCACCCCAUUGGGCAGCCCCCUUAGAAAGGCCAUCAAGCUCACCAAACUCGACCCCCAAGAUGCCUGGCUCCCAAUCACCGAGUCAAGAAAUGGAAAUGCUUAUUAUGCAGCUUAUCAUACUUUGUGCUCCGGAAUUGGGAUCCAAGCUCUAGUCUUACCUGUCGCUUUCACCAUCCUUGGCUGGGCAUGGGGCGUUAUUGGCUUGACUUUGGCUUUCAUUUGGCAACUAUACACUCUCUAUUUACUUGUGCACAUCCACGAAUCCACCGAAGAUGGAAUCCGUUACAGCCGAUACAUGCAAUUAGCUAGUGCAACUUUUGGUGAUAGGCUAGCGAAGUUUCUAGCGUCUUUUCCGAUCAUGUACCUCUCCGGUGGGACGUGCGUGGCGCUGAUCGUGAUAGGCGGCUCAACCUCAAAGAUGUUCUACGGGACAAUUUGUGGGGACGGGUGCACUUCGAAGCCAUUGACGACCGUGGAGUGGUACCUAGUGUUCACGUGCGUGGCGGUGCUUCUGUCACAGCUUCCAAACUUGAACUCGAUCGCCGGGGUGUCGCUGGUCGGGUCGCUCACCGCGGUCGGGUACUGCACCGCGAUUUGGGCGGUGUCCGUGGCGGAGGGCAGGCUGCCGAACGUCUCCUACGACCCGGUCCGGUCCAAGACGGAAAUUGCCAAGAUUUUUGACGUGUUGAAUGCACUUGGGAUCAUUGCUUUUGCUUUCAGAGGCCACAAUCUCAUUCUUGAAAUUCAGGCCACCAUGCCUUCCAGUGAGAAGCAUCCAUCAAGCAUACCAAUGUGGAGAGGUGUGAAAGUUGCUUAUACGAUUGUAGCGGCGUGCUUGUUCCCGUUGGCAAUCGGCGGAUACUGGGCAUACGGUGGCAUGAUUCCACCCAACGGAGGUAUGUUAGCGGCUCUAUUAGCGUUCCAUAGCCGAGACGUUGCGCGGUCUAUAUUGGGCCUCAUAAGCUUCUUUGUCAUAAUAAAUGCCAUAUGCUCUUUCCAAUUAUACGGAAUGCCUAUGUUCGACGACAUGGAAUCCGCUUACACCACGAGGUCCAAGAAGCCGGCGCCCUGGUGGCUACGGGUGAUCAUUCGAGCAAUGUUUGGGUUCGGAUGCUUCUUCGUGGCUGUCGCUAUCCCGUUCCUCGGGAGCGUGGCCGGGCUUGUUGGAGGGAUCUCUCUACCGGUAACGUUGGCCUACCCAUGUUUCAUGUGGCUGAAGAUGAAGAAGCCCAAAACAUAUAGCCCAUCUUGGUGGAUCAACUGGUUUUUAGGUCUUCUUGGAAUGGGCCUUAGUGCUAUUUUGACUGCAGCUGGUCUGUAUGUUGUGAUUGACACCGGUGUCAAAGUUAGCUUCUUUAAGCCUUAGUAAUAAAUUAUUUACUUAUACUAAAUAGCUUGAUAGGAGUUCAGGGGUAAAAAAAUAUCUCUCUUUUUAUUAUAAACUUACCUUCUAUUUUUUUUAAAUGCUUUUGGGCUGAUAUUUAUUUUCCUGUAAUUUGAUUUUUUUUUUCACUUUGGGAAAUUACUUAGUUUGUUAGUAGGUUUUGGGAGACAAUCAUUGUAUUUGUUAAAUGUAAUAUGAAGUUACUUUUAUGUCAAUUUUCUCUUUUUGGCCA